AUUUGGAAUCACAGUCCUUUACAACAGUCAAUGGAACUAUUCCUGUCUGAGCUUUAUUCACUAACUAUUGAUCACAACUCAAGGGCGAUGGGAUAGAAAUUGCCAUCAAGUAUUUAUUUACCUUUGAUUUAUGUUUUAUUUUUACCUGGAGGAUCACAGCUCCCUUCUGUCUAUCAUUUUCUCUGCCAUUGAUUAAUGCUGUCUCAGGAGCAGAGUAAAAAACACUCAGUUGCAUCAUAUGAUAGGAGCAUAAAUGACUGUAGAAUCUGGAGAACGUGUGCUGGAUUGUUAGGUGAUGCAUCAUUUUACAGAUACCAGGCUCGGCUAGCUGUUGCUUUCUUGAAGAGGCUCAGCAGAUUUUAUUCUCCCCCACGCAAAUCCCAAGUAUGCGGCGAAGCAGGACUUUCAGAGCGUAAUAAUACAACAGAACUGCGUCAAGAGCACUCCAGCGCUGGAGCAGAGUCUGACAGAAAUAAGACGUGAACAAUAGUGCAGAUGAUUGAGCUGUGGUUAUAAAGCAGCUCUCUCUCAGUAGCCACUGCAGGAACAUGCCGCUACAGCAGAUCUCAGUCGUGCCGGCAAAGGAAACCUCCAGUAAUGGAAGAAGCUCAACAGGCAAGAACAAAGAGAAGAACAAGGAUAUGGAGAAUGACAAGUCUCCACGACGUUCAACAAGUCGAUCAAGUAACAUAUCAAAGGCCAGCAGUCCUACAACUGGAACAGCUCCCUGGAGCCAGCCACGUACAUCUGUUAGUCCUUCUACUCAGGACAUCUGCAGGAUCUGCCACUGUGAAGGGGACGACGACAGUCCACUCAUCACUCCUUGCCGAUGCAUUGGGACGCUGCGUUUCGUACACCAGGCCUGUCUGCACCAGUGGAUCAAGAGCUCUGACACACGCUGCUGUGAACUCUGUAAAUACGAUUUCAUAAUGGAGACAAAACUCAAACCGCUGCGUAAGUGGGAAAAACUGCAAAUGUCAACAAGUGAGCGGAGGAAGAUUAUCUGCUCUGUCACCUUCCACGUUGUUGCGAUCACCUGCGUAGUGUGGUCCUUGUACGUUCUGAUAGACCGGACAGCGGAGGAGAUCAAACAGGGUAACGACAAUGGUGUUCUAGAAUGGCCCUUUUGGACAAAAUUGGUGGUGGUAGCCAUUGGAUUUACAGGAGGUCUUGUCUUCAUGUAUGUGCAGUGUAAAGUCUACUUUCAACUAUGGCGAAGACUGAAAGCGUAUAACAGGGUGAUCUUUGUACAGAACUGCCCAGACAUUGGCAAGAAGAUUGGUGACAGGAACACUUCAAAUCGGCAGUGCUCUGACAACAGAGACAGUGUUACUGUGCCAGUGUCACAAACAGACACAACCUUACAGAGAGCACCAGAGGUGCAGGUUGGUAUCCUUGAAGUUGCACCUGCGUGACGUGUUUCUGAACUCCGUUUGAAAACCCAAGCAGUUUUUUUUUAAAUCCAUUCCUUUCACAAGUAUCAAAAUGUCAAUACUAACAAUGGCACAGUCCUUCUCAGAAUCCUACCAGAAGUACAGAAAAUUAGCAGGCACGGUCAGCAGAAUACCAACACGUCGCUGCCUGUGGAAGUGAACUAAGUAGUGGUGCAUUCCAUGGUGUUGGACAUGGUACAUGUAGUACACAAAGAAUGUGUGCAAUAUCCUACUUUGGAUUUUGGAGAGGGGAAGCACUUUUAAUUUUAUGGCAUUUAUGAUGAAACAUUUUGCUAUUGUUAGGCUCUGUUUCGAAAUGCUAAUCUUGGAAAACCAGUCUUUCAACAGUGUAAUGGUUAUGACUUAACACUCUGGACAUUUGAUCAGAGUUUUCUAAUGAGAUGUGUUGCUCAGAAUACACUGGCUGAUGAAGAAAAAGCAAGACUGGUAUUUCUUGUUCAUUUCUAACACACCAACGUCACCGUGGCUUAAGCCAGCAUUGAAUGUGCUGAAACCUUCAAGAAACACUCACCUUUAAAGUUAUCACUACCGUUAGAUCAUUGCAUAUCUUUUUUGUUUUAAUUGUAUAAAUAUUAAAUGUUGACAUGGUCUGACAAAGUGCUAUCUGAGUCCAAACCAGAAAACCAAUCGAAAUCCACCUUUUGGGAAAUACCACAACUAAUUUAACAAUGUUAAGGUCCCAAGAAACCCGUGUGGAUUCACAAUCCUCAACCUUUAUGCAAGAUGGACAUGUUUUAAAGAAAGCCAGACUUUAAUCAAAAAAAUGUGAUUCUUGAUUAGUAGGGUGUCAGAGGGUAUAGGGGAAGGCGGGGGAAUGGGGUUGAGAUAGGAAAGAUAGACAGAUCAGCCAUGAUUGAAUGGCGGAGGAGACAUGAUGGGCCAAAUGGCCUAAUUCUGCUACUAUCACUCUUCCUAUGAACAUGAUAAUCCAUCAAUGCCAGGAAUUGAAGAGUUGAAUCUUGUGCUCUCCGUCAAUAGGCAGCUGUUGCGGUGAAACAACUAGUUCACUCUAGCACCGGGCGAUGAGCAAAGUGAAGUUAUGAUGCUGUAUAGUUCUAACAUGGGUACUAUAAUGUGGAACUUCCCAGAGGAUUCAGAAUAUGCAAAGCUUGUAGCCCAACACAAAUAAAUCACUGCCCUUGUUCAAAGUGAUAAUUUCAAUAAAGUACAUUUUGACGUUAGUCAUUGUCACACUAAAUUUCUAUAGACUGUGAAUUCAUCAAUGUGUCUCCAACCCCUAGAUUUUCAAACAUUUUCCCAUGCAUCACCAAAGAGUUUUCUGGCCGUGUAUUAAUACUGUAUUGAAACUGGAUUGAGCAUCUGUUGCAAGUGGGAGUUUAUGCUUCGUUGACUUGUCUAAUCUAUUUGGUGUUAGAAAGGGGUAUCAAAUGUGGUACAAAAAAAUCAAAGCUUUCACCGUUAUUUAGUAGAUGUGCUUUUAAAGGAAAGGAUGGCCUUUACGAUAUUGAGCCGAAAUACAGAAUGUCAGCUGACACUUUUUACAUAAUUCAAUGUUUCAAACUUCAAAAUCAUUCUACUUAAUCUCAUUGCUGUACGAGGAAAUAUUUUGGCACAAUAAUGAAAUGAAUGUAUAUCCUAGAGCUCAUCCAAUAUUAUUAUAGAAUUAAAACCAUGGAAGUCUUGUAUCUUCGUGUGUUUUGCAUUGUUAAAUGGGAGACAGUUUUUCUUCCCCUCAGUACAGUUUACCCCCUAUAUAUACUCUUGGACUAAGACCCCAAUCUCAAUUUGACAGGCGGCUUAAAAUCUACUAUGUCGGGGCAUCUCUUUAACUCUUUACGAUAUGACAGUUCCCACCAAAACCAGGAAACUGGAAUAAGCAACAGCCAUUUCUUAUGCAGAAAUCAUAUUAUUUAACCUGUGAUAAAUUUCACAUGAUCUUUUGAUGUGUUGUUCACACCAAUGUCAGGCAAACACCUAAUGAAACUAUCCACAAAAAUAGUUUAGUUGGUUGUGGAUCAAGAGAGAAAUUUAUUUGGUGGUUCAAUGGCUCUUUAUUAAUAGUCACGUAUGCACGAUACUGUGAAAUUCUUCUGCACAACCACAAAUGCACAGUCGCAAUAUUGCAGCCGUUCACGAUGCAUACUAUGUUCUGGGAGACUGAAUGACUGGAUGAGAGUGACAAGGCGACCCUCUACCUUAUAUUCUGCCCUUGCCAGUGUAAAUCAGUUUAGGGUUAGCAGUUUUAGUACAGUGAGGGGUACACCAUGUCGCAUUUAUCACUAUUUAAAGGGACACUCAGCAGACAGCCAGAGACUUGAUUAGACAACUUCAUAAGUGACUGCACCUGUCAAAUACCUCAGAUUGUGCAACAACUAUUAGAGAGUAUUUUCUCCAGCAUUUUGGUCCUGAGAUAUUCAAAGGGUGCCUCGGUAGUAACACCAUGGGCAGUACUCCAAUAAAGAAGGCAUCAGAAAAGGUAAUCAGACGAAAUGUGUAGGAAGGAACUGGUUUAAACCAAAGAUAGGCAUAAAAUGCUGGAGUAACUCAGCGGGACAGGCAGCAUCUCUGGAUAGAAGGAAUGGGUAAAACGUCACCCAUUCCUAUCCAAAGAUGUUGCCUGUCCCCUUGAGUAACUCCGGCAUUUUGUGUCCAACUAUAGAAUGGUACACAGGU